GUCUCUCUCUGUCCCUCUCUCCAUCUCUAGCUAGUAUGGGUACUGAUGCUUUUCAGCUUGGAUCCACUCUCUCUCUCUAGGCGCGAGCUUUGUUUCGGUUUUGAAUGUUUCUGCCGAAGGGGGAGAUUAUUAGGCGCUUAAGAGUUGUCAUUUUAUCUCUCUAGAAAUUAGUAUAUUUAUUAUUUAGACUUGUCUAUCUUCCAUUAUCCCUUCAGUCUCGUCCUCUUCCUUCACCUGCUGUUCUCUGCUGUUGCGAGUUCCAUUGCUUGGAUUCCAAGGGAACCCACUCCUCUCUCUGUCUCUUUCUCUUCUUAUAGCUUAGCAUUCUUGGAUACCUGGAGAGCUUUGCCAGACAGAGGAGAGAGAUGAGUGUUACAAAGUUCAUAAAAUGUGUUACUGUGGGAGACGGAGCAGUGGGGAAGACCUGUAUGUUGAUCUGUUACACCAGCAACAAGUUUCCCACUGAUUAUAUUCCUACUGUUUUUGACAACUUCAGCGCAAAUGUUUGUGUUGAUGGAAGCAUUGUCAACUUAGGGCUUUGGGACACCGCAGGCCAGGAAGAUUAUAGCAGGCUGAGGCCACUUAGUUACAGGGGAGCUGAUAUUUUUAUUCUGGCUUUUUCUCUGAUCAGUAGGGCAAGUUAUGAGAAUGUCCUCAAGAAGUGGAUGCCCGAACUUCGUCGUUUCGCGCCAAAUGUUCCUAUUGUGCUUGUUGGAACUAAAUUAGAUCUCCGCGAGGACAAAGCAUAUCUUGCCGAUCAUCCCGGUGCUGUUGCAAUCACUUCGGCCCAAGGAGAGGAACUCAGGAAACAAGUUGGGGCUGCAGCAUACAUAGAAUGCAGUUCAAAGACACAGCAGAAUGUCAAAUCUGUUUUUGAUACUGCUAUCAAAGUUGUUCUCCAACCUCCAAGGAAAAGGGAGAUUUCAAAGAAGAAGAAGAGGAAAAAUUCUGGUUGCUUGAUGAUGAGCUUGAUAUGUGGAGGAACUUGUGAUGCAUGAGACAGGCAGCAACUGAUCAUUGCAGGCUUUGUCUACAGCAAACACUCUUCAUGUCUGAAGUUAGAAAAGUCUCUCUUUUUUUUUUUUUCGGGAAAAUAGCUGAGAAGCAUUUUGUUGUUUCAUAGGCUCUGAAACUUUUGGAUCACUUGUUCUGUUUAAAGCCGCAUCUGUUUGGUUCUUGCUGUAAUUCGAUGAUACUUUAUAGUUUGUACUUUUACUUAUUUGACAUAUUAAUCCGAAUAUUAAUAUGUUAUUAGCUUGUUAA